AUGACACUGUGUGAACCGCGGCCGCCGCCAACACCACUGGAGAACAGGCAAGCCGCGAACAAGACCACGGCUAUCAUUGUUCCGGCUUUGUUGAUCGGAGUUGUUGGUUAUGCCACCUGGGUUGUGGUCGUUCUUAUAGGCGCUGACUUUCCUNNAGCCAAUUAUCUCAUCAAACAUGAAAGUCGAAAUGGCGCUGGAAUUGCUGUUAUAGUACUUUAUUUCGUAUUCUUAUUUCCUAUGGCAUCUAGCUACCUACGACUGCUCACAACCAUACCACAUCCUGGAUAUAUCGANAAAGGAACUCCGACCGCUGCCACGCCAGUCAAGCCUGCAAAGGAAGCACCUCCCCAGCACAACAUUCAGGCUUCAUGCACAAGUACCAAAGUUCAAGAUGGCACGAACCAGACCAGCAAGAAGUCUCAAGCUCUCGCUCCUGUAGAGCCGGAUAUUACCCAACUAGAUACUAAAGCUAUUCUGAGUGGCGAAUUACCACCACCACCCGGCACGGAACGCUUCUACUCAAAAGAUGUAUUCGCUUGCGAUCAGAAUGGUCUCCCAAUAUGGUGUGGCGUUUGCAAUAACUGGAAGCCCGAUCGAUCACAUCACGGCAGCGAUGUUGGUAGAUGCGUCUUGAAGAUGGAUCAUUUCUGUCCAUGGGUCGGAGGAGUCGUUGGAGAGCGUAACUUCAACUUNUUCAUCCAGUUUUGCUCUUACGCUGGCAUAUAUGCUCUAUUUGUUAUGAUUGUUAUGGCUAUCUUUGUUGCUGAAGCUAGAGGCAGAGUAUGUGCUUCCCUUCAUCUAUUCGCAAUUUUCUGUUCUUCAGAUGCUGACUCGGUGAUANNGGGAAACACACCAGGUGGCAACUGGAUCGCUGGAUUGACUCUCGGAGCUGUUUUCACGUUGUUCGCAGGCGGCAUGGCGAUGACUAGUAUCGGGCUCGCUCUUAAGAACCUGACCACCAUCGACAACAUUGGUCACCAGAGAAGAGUAAUGCACAUCGCCGUACUAGUCGAUUCGCCUACCACCCGUCAACCUAGACCUAUGUCAACAGGUCAUCUCAAACCAUCACAUGCAUCAGAAUAUGAAGAUCCUUGGCAGGGUACAAUAACAUAUCCGUUGAGUGUGAUGCCGGAUGCCUCUUCAGAGACCACGUUACCACCACCUACAUCAUCACCACCUAGGACAUUCGCCAUCUUACGUACACAUCCUGGCAUGAACCCUUGGAAUCUUGGGGCCUUCAGAAACUUGAAAUCUAUCAUGGGUAAUCAUUGGUACGACUGGUUCCUACCAUUGCGACACUCACCUUGCUGUAACCACGAUCGUGGCGAUAGCAUGUACGAGUUGGGACCUGAUGUGGAGCGACUAAAGGCUGAUGCGGGAUUGUCGUCUUCCAGCCAUAGAGCAGGCUCAAGUAGACGCAAGCACAGAAAGCAUCGACACCGCAGGGAAGAUUCUGAUGAUGCAGACAUCAUGGGAUCAACUCUCGCAAACGUCAAUGGCUCGACGGGAAGAGAACGAAAUAGCUUCGAGUCGACUUGA